AAACCCCCGCCCCUAUCCCCCCUCCCCAUGAGCGGGCGGCGGCUGCGCGGAGCCAUCGCUUGGGCGGCGGUUUUGCAGUGGGACACAACUCUUGGAGUGACUCCUGACCUCCUGGACCUCGGUUUUCUGCAGUGACCUUGAGCAAGUGGUUCUGCCCUGCAAGGAGAGCAACACCAAUCAGUGCAAGCAGCUAAUUAGUGCUGUGUAGCUAAUUUGUUUCCAGGAGAAAAGUGGCUGAGUGGUCCCGACAGCUCUGGGCAGGAGAGCAGAGGAGUGGAGGAAAAAAAAACCCCAAGAGGAGAUUAAAGGGCAGGGAGCACUUUUCCAUUGGCCAUCUUCAAACUGCAGCUGGGUAAUUAAAGCUUUAGGCAGCUCACAAAUAGCCCAGCUUCCUGCUGCCUGGCUCAGGGGUGCUGCUAGGAGCUGCAUUUCAUUCCUUGCCUCUAAGGGAAGAAAAGCAAAAGCCAUGCAGGGACCAAGACCCGUGGUUCUGAGCGGCCCCUCGGGUGCAGGGAAGAGCACUUUGUUAAAGAAAUUACUUAAAGAUUAUGAGAAUGUCUUUGGCUUCAGUGUCUCCCAUACCACGAGGCAGCCAAGGCCUGGAGAAGUAAAUGGCAAAGAUUACCACUUUGUGACCAGAGAGGAAAUGAAGAAAGAAAUUGAUGCUGGUGAAUUCAUUGAGCAUGCAGAAUUCUCUGGAAAUAUGUAUGGGACAAGUAAAGGUGCAGUGCAGGCUGUCCAGGCCCAGAACCAGAUCUGUGUCCUUGACAUUGACAUCCAGGGUGUGAAGAACAUCAAGAAGACAGACCUGAACCCCAUCUACAUCUCUGUGCAGCCCCCAUCUUUGGACAUCCUGGAAAAACGACUCCGUGACAGGAAGACUGAGACAGAAGAAAGUUUAACGAAGCGUUUGAAUGCAGCCCGGGUAGAUUUGGAACUUAGUAAAGAGCCUGGCCUCUUUGACUUGGUCAUUAUUAAUGAUGAUUUAGAAAAAGCAUAUUCUGAACUGAAGGAGGUGCUGCUGGAGGAAAUCAAGAAGACCCAAGAAGCCAAGAAGUCCUGAGCUGAACCUCCCAGGCCCUUUUAACUUUGCACAUCAUUCCCGAAGCACGUCGCACCGGUUUAUUCCAAGAGACAUUCCCUUUAGGCUGCUCCUCUUCCCCACUUUGCUCUAGGAUGUUUCUAUUAAAAGGAAAGAAAA